GCGAGCUGUCAGUCCAGUCGGCGAGAGAACGCUGAGAGACAGAAAGUCCCGAGUCUGCAGUGAGGAGGAACCAGUUGCUCAGCUUUCUGCCGCCUCCACACGGACUGAAACAACCAGAAACACUUUAGGACAGACUCUCAUUCGUCUGACGGAACCAUGGCUGAUGUUGUAAAUUUAAUCGACUCGUCCAACGAGGACGUGGCGAACAGGUUCGCCCGUAAAGGCGCGCUGAGGCAGAAAAACGUCCACGAAGUGAAGAACCAUAAAUUCAUAGCUCGGUUCUUCAAGCAGCCGACUUUCUGCAGCCACUGCACCGACUUCAUCUGGGGGUUUGGAAAACAAGGAUUCCAGUGCCAAGUUUGCUGUUUUGUGGUCCACAAGCGGUGCCAUGAAUUUGUCACGUUUUCCUGCCCAGGAGCAGAUAAGGGACCCGACACAGACGACCCCCGGACAAAGCAUAAGUUUAAGAUCCAUACUUAUGGGAGCCCUACCUUCUGUGACCACUGUGGCUCACUGCUGUAUGGACUCAUCCAUCAGGGCAUGAAGUGUGACUCCUGCGACAUGAACGUCCACAAGCAGUGUGUUAUGAAUGUGCCCAGCUUGUGUGGAACCGACCACACCGAAAGAAGGGGCCGCGUUUAUCUCAAGUGUGAAGUCAACGGGGACAAGCUGCAGGUCACAGUGGGUGAAGGCAGAAACCUGAUUCCCAUGGACCCCAACGGCCUGUCUGAUCCGUACGUCAAACUCAAGCUCAUACCAGACCCGAAAAACGAGACUAAGAAGAAGACCAAAACCAUCCGUGCUAACCUCAACCCCAAAUGGAAUGAGACUUUUACUUUCAAGCUGAAGCCCACUGAUAAAGACCGUAGGCUGUCAGUGGAGGUGUGGGACUGGGACCGCACCACGAGGAAUGACUUCAUGGGGUCUCUUUCAUUCGGCGUUUCAGAACUAAUGAAGGCAUCAGUCUCUGGCUGGUAUAAACUUUUGUGCCAGGAGGAGGGUGAAUACUAUAAUGUUCCUAUCUCAGAGGAUGAUGAUGGGAAUGAGGAGCUGAGGCAGAAGUUUGAGGACUGCCAAAUUAACUUUAAUCUAAAGAAAGCCAAGCUAGGCCCAGGUAAGAAGGUGAUCAGUGAGACAGAUGGCAGCCCAUCCAGCUACCGGCCAUCCAACAGCCUGAACCAGGUCAAACUUAGCGACUUCAACUUCCUGGCUGUGCUGGGUAAAGGCAGCUUUGGCAAGGUUAUGCUGGCAGAGAUGAAAACCAUUGAGGAACUCUAUGCAGUAAAGAUCCUGAAGAAAGACGUAGUGAUCCAAGAUGAUGAUGUAGAAUGUACCAUGGUGGAGAAGAGAGUCCUGGCCCAACAAGACAAACCACCCUUCCUCACAUAUCUCCACUCUUGCUUCCAGACUGUGGACCGUCUGUACUUUGUCAUGGAGUAUGUGAAUGGGGGAGAUCUCAUGUACCAUAUCCAGCAAGUCGGAAAAUUUAAAGAGCCUCAGGCAGUGUUCUAUGCAGCAGAGAUCGCUGUUGGUCUCUUCUUCCUGCACAGUAAAGGGAUCAUUUACAGGGAUCUGAAGUUGGACAAUGUGAUGCUGGACUCUGAAGGACACAUUAAGAUUGCUGACUUUGGCAUGUGUAAAGAGAACAUGUUUGACGGAGUGACAACACGCACGUUUUGUGGAACUCCAGACUACAUAGCUCCAGAGAUCAUAGCAUAUCAACCGUACGGGCUGUCUGUGGACUGGUGGGCAUAUGGAGUGCUGCUUUACGAAAUGCUCGCUGGACAGCCUCCAUUUGAUGGAGAGGAUGAAGAUGAGCUGUUCCAGUCAAUCAUGGAACACAAUGUGUCUUACCCCAAGUCCUUGUCCAAAGAAGCAGUCUCUAUCUGCAAAGGGCUGAUGACCAAGCACCCAUCCAAACGUCUGGGCUGUGGCCUGGAGGGAGAAAGGGACAUCAGAGAAAACGCUUUCUUCAGACGCAUAGACUGGGACCGCCUCCAGAACAGGGAGAUACAGCCCCCCUUCAAGCCCAAAGUGUGUGGCAAAGGAGCAGAGAACUUUGACAAGUUCUUUACCCGCACGCAGCCCCAGCUCACGCCUCCAGAUGAGCUGGUUAUUGCCAACAUCGACCAGAAUGAGUUUGCUGGGUUUUCUUUCAUCAACCCACAGUUUGUACAUCCAUCAAUCAUCGACAGCCAAUGAGGAGGAUUUAGGGAGGGGGAGGUGCACGGUCCCUGCACACCCUCUCCACUCACUGCCACACUUAAACCAACUGCCAGUCCAACAUCUGACUGAGUCCUGAUCAAGACCCACACUAAACUAAACUUGUAUGAAAUGUCUUAGUUCAUGAGCAGCGUUCUCGGGCAUGUGUGUUAAUUUUUUGCCAGUAUGGAUUUUAUAGAUCCAGUUGUUCCUUUCCCCUACAGCUUAUAUCGACUAUUUACAGUAAGUACGAGCACCAAGACAAAAAACGCCAUUAGAUAUGUGUUAAGAUAUGAUGAAGUGGAAAUUUUGUAAUUUUUUUGUCCAUAAGUGAUGUAAGCAGGAGAAUAUUUAGGUCGUCUUGAAAAAAUGGGAUUUAAUGCAUUUAUUCAAAAGUUUUAGAAAUUAGUGCAAGUAUUGAUGUUUACACAUCUUCAGUGAUGCAUAUGGUUGUUGGUUACUCAAACAUCUAUGUGGGUCGUUCAGGCUACAUAGAUUUUAUGUGGUGACCUAAAAAACACACAUUUAAGGCUUUGUAGAUGCUAUAGCCAAAUACGUAGGAUACAUGGUUCAAGUGUUGGAAAUAGGCAUCUCGUGGUUCCAGGUUUCCUCUCACUAUUAUAUACUUCCCCUUCAUGAUGUAAAAUUCUAUUUAACCAAAAUUUGAUAAUGCACAGUCUCAAAUUCUAUGUAAAAACAGCUACAGAAAUCACUCAUCACUGUAACGAACUAGCUGUAAAGUGCUCAGAGAGCCCAGCGGCACUACGCCCACAUUUCAAAACAAGUAUGUAGAGAAAAUCUUACAGAGGCUUUUAAAAUAGUCACAUGCACAAACAUUAAAAUAUCUCAACUCAUUUUCAUUUGAGCAGAAAAACAACAUUUGUUCUAGAUUUUGUGGCUGUAAAUUUGACCUUGACC